AUGCGUCUGCUUCUCACUCUUCCUGUGGCUCUAGGCUCCAUGGCGCUCUGGUUGACUGUGGUCAUUGCUCUCACCUGCUUUGGUGGCCUCGCCUCCCUGGGCCCUGUGCCUCCCUCUACAGCCCUCAAGGAGCUCAUUGAAGAGCUGGUCAAUAUCACCCAGAACCAGAAGGCACCUCUGUGCAAUGGCAGCAUGGUGUGGAGUGUCAACCUGACAGCCAACAUGUACUGUUCAGCCCUGGAAGCCCUGAUCAACGUCUCCAACUGCAGUGUCAUCCAAAGGACCCAGAGGAUGCUGAGCGCACUCUGUCUUCACAAGCCCUCAGCUGGGCAGGUUUCCAGAGAGCACAUCCGAGACACCAAAAUUGAAGUGGCCCACUUCUUAAAAGACCUGCUCAAACAUUCAAGGAUCAUUUUUCACUAUGGAAAAUUCAGCUGA